GAGAGUGCAUCUCCUGCAGCUGAAGCUACUGCCCAUGUAACAGAUGAAGAAGCCAGGAGAAAACUUCAUUUCCUGUCCAAAAGGAGUGUUUCUCUUGCAGCUGAAGUUACAGAUCAUGCACCAGAUGAAGAAGCUGUGAACAAGUUCCAGAUAAGAUCAAAUAGGAGCAGUUCUCUUGUACCUGGAAUAAUUGAUCGUGUGGCUGAUGAAGAUGAUACUGGCAAAUUUAGUGAAGUUUCAGCAAGCAGUGCUCCUCAUGUAACUGCAGUAAUGACAGGCGCAGCAGAUAAAGACAACAGGAACAAAUUUCACAAAGCUUCAAAGGGGAGUGUUUCCCUUGCAAGUGGAGUAACUGAUCAUGGAGCAAAUGAAGAUGAUAGGGAAGACUUUAUUGGAAUAUCAAGGCCAAGCAUCUCUAUUGACAUAGAAGCAAUUAAGAAUGAAACACAUGAAGAUCAGAGUGGAAGAUUUCCUUUAGCUUCAAAGAGAAGUGCUUCUAUUGCCGGAGUAAUUGACCAUGCUCCAGAAGAAGAUUUCACUAAAAUUGUCAUGCAAUCUACAAAGAGGAGUUAUUCCCUAGGAAGUGGGGCAGCUGCAGCUGAAGACAGACAUAAAGGUUCUAAAGCUGAAGAAAGAAAGGUAUCCAUUUCAAGUACUGCACCAGAUGUUCAUGCCACUGGAACUGACACUAACAAAAUAACUGUUGAAUCUGUAGGUCGUUCUAGUGUGCACCGUGUUCCUAAAUCUCCAAGGACCAGAUCUUCCUUUAGCGUACAUGAUCCAUCUGAACCACUUAAAGCUAAACUUGAAGCUAAAAGGGCUUCUUUUCAGACUUCAGUAAUUGAAGGCUUUUCAAUACGUGAUGCCGACGAAGAUGAUGAGGAUGAAGGAGCAAAGAAUCUUUGGAAGAGGAUGUUUGAACGGAAAGUAGCAAAGCGAGUGCUUAAUAUACAGGAACAGAAAACAGUGAUUUUGCAGAAACGUAAAAAUGAAAAAGCUAAUUUGGAAAAAAAGAUCCCAAUGGAUUUGUUGGCGAAGGAAUGGUUCAAUGAAAAUAAAGUGACAGUGCAGACCCAUAUAUACCUUCUGGAAAAACUGUUGCCUACUCUAAUUCUUGGUCUAGAAAGCCUGUUAAAAGAAGUUGAAAAAAGGCAUUUAACCAUCUUGGAGAGACCACAUCCUUACUUUAACCCUAUCAAUUUCCUUGCACAGUUUCUGAUGAGGAAUAAUCCUUGCCACCGCAACAUUCCAGAAGAUGAUUCAUAUUUACUUGGCUUGCAACAUGUGACCCAAGACCUGAAAAAUCAUCUCACUGACAUUAAAGAUAACAGGCUUUUCUAUCUAAAAGUAGAAACAAAACAGAGGCAAAGGAAAAGAGAACAACAGGAAAAAAUUUACGCAGCCAAUCAAGAGCAAAGAAGAGAAAAACUACGAGUGCAUUUCAGAGAAUGGAUGCUGAGCACGAAUGGAAUUGUGCUCCUUAGUUUGGUUCAAAGUGUUUUGGUUUCCUUUUCGGAGGCUUUUGCUGACUACCUUUUUGAAACAUUUGAAGCUUUGACAGUCAGCAAUGCUGGGGACAGACCUCUGCUGGCUAUCAACAACUUUCAAGAGUACUUUGGUAUUUUGGGACAAGGCUUUUCCAUUUCAUCAGUUGAAUACCCAUCAUCGCUCAAGGACUCAUCACUCAACUCAGGAUGCUCUGAGCAGCAAGGCCAGCCCUCUGCAUCUAGCUCAAGUGCUGCAAAGCUCUGUUAUCUCAUUCCUGAGGCUUUGCACUGCAAAAGUUUAGACAGAAAGAAAUUUACUGAUUAUCAAGUGUUUUUAGCCAGUGAUAAAUUCGUAUUGGCUCAGAGAUACAAGUAUGUGUACUCUUACAUCAAGGGACUCUCCGAUGGCCCUUUCGCAGAUUUCCUCGUAUAUCUUUCCCACAGCUCAGACUUUUUCCUUCACAAAGGACAAAAGGUUUGGUGGAGGCAACGAUUUACAGAGCUGUUCCUGGAAUGUGAUGUUGGAAAGUCUGGACUUCUGAAUAGGAAGAGGAUUCUCUCUUUGUUUGAAGAAUUCUAUGAUCAGCACGCGGGCUUACAUAAAAGUGAAUUGCACAACCCAAGGGAAUGGCCUAUCAUUGAGCUUGAUGAAAUGGAACCAGCAGACUUUAUGCUUGGCUUUGGAAAUGACUACAUCAAUACUCAAGUACCAACACAUCCACCUACUGAAGAGGAGGCAUCAACUGGCCAGAAGCAAGCAGAUGUAGCUGACCAGUUGCUAUUACACAGAGGCUUAGAUGAUGGAGCCACUGAAAAAGACUAUGUGGAAGAAACUGGAGAUCCUGCACCAGCAAAGUUGACACCACAGAGUUUAGCAGCAAGGUUUGAUUUGACAACUGUUAUAUUAGAUCUCCAAGCCCAUAGUCUUUAUCUGAAUACAAGUCCCUUUAAAAGGAAUUUCAUAAACAGUUGUCAAUUUGUUCAGCUGAUGGAAAUAUUUGUGGGAAACGCUACUAAGCCUUCACCUAAAGAAAACCUGAUAAACUUUAUUAAGGAGAGAUACAAAGAGACCAAAGAGGAAAAAUUAGAAAACUUAGCUCAGGUAUAUCAUGAAGCCCUGAAAAAGACGCAUAAGAUAAUCCUGGAUGCACUGUUUGAGAAAUGGGAUAAUGAUGUCUCAGGGUACAUUGACCUAAGAGAGCUAGCUGAAGUCAUAAGCAAAUACAAAGAUGGAACGGAAAAGAAAUCCUUAAAAAAAGCACAUCACAAGCUGAAACUCUACCGCAAGUACAAUUCAGACAAUCCCACUCUGACAAAGAGGGAGUUCAAUGUAUACAUUGAAACAAUUGUAGCCGAAAUCUCUGGCAAGGAAGACGAUUUUGAUGGACUGGUAACAUUCCUCACAGCCAGAAGUGAACAGAAUUGCAUGGAGCGAGCACGGCGUAGAGCCAGGAGAAGGUGGUUCUAUGAUAUCAAACGAGCAGCAGAGACCUCCAGCUGCAAUAUGGAAGUUGUUUUUAAAUCUGUUUUCCAAGUUCUUUAUAAGGAUUCAGAAGCACAUGGUGGGAAUAAGAAAAUAAGUGCAUCCAUUGCCCUGUUGAGGCAUAAUUAUCACAGGCCAGAGAGGGGUGAAUUUUUCUUGCACUAUGUGGCUUGCACUUUGGAAGAUGCACCAUUUGUCUUGAACCAGGCACUCUACAGAGACAUGGGUGUAAGUUUUGCUGCAAUUGAUGAAGGGAAACCACUGCACAUCUACAGAGUUCAGGAUCAUGGCAAGGUUCAUUUUUGGAAUUGUCAUCGGGAGAGAACAGAAGGAUCAUUCCUGGUGAUCCCAGUGAAAGAUCAGCACAACAGAGUGUUUGGAGUCCUGGGUAUUGACACACUGAGAGACGAAUGUGGGAAGGUUUUCGCUGCUCAUGAGAUCAAUUUUCAUCAGGGUGUUGCAAAGGCAUUUAGUAUCGCCUAUCACCAUGUUCAAGUUCGGAAUAGCAUCCUCAAAGCUGUGGACAGUGCUAUGAUGUGGCUUUUUAACAUCACACCAAACAUCGAGACUGCAAUCACCUACCUAACUGAACCUACAACUGUCAAGGAGUAUGUUUUAUGCAAGGCAAUGACCUCUGAAAAUGACCCUUUCGAACCGUGGUCGGAUGUGCAUGCACCUCCAAUGAUUCUGAAGAGGAAGGACAACUUCUUCAGAAACUACCUCUUCAGAUGUGCUGAUAACUCAGAAGUAGUCUUCUCCACAACAUAUAAAGGAAAAUAUAUUUGUGUGCCACUGAGAGACACUGAAGGGAGAGCUCUGGCAAUACUUGACAUUGACCUGGGGUCGAAACAUGAGCUCAUGGCCCAUGAGUACAGGAGCCUGCUGAAGAUGCUGCACAUUCUUAAUCAAGCCUGCACCAUAAUUGUAAAGAAAGCUACUGGGGCAGCAGGGACUUUGUCUGCAGCUUCUGAUCAUGAAUACGAAGACCGUGAGAAAGUACUGUUUCAUCAAUUAAUGUUGCAGGAAAUGACUGAAAAUAUCAGUCAUCUGACUGAGCAAGAACUUGAAGAGCUCAAGAGCUCUGGAGAUCCUCCACCAAUGGUGCAUAAGAUUUUUAAAAUUGUGUUCCAUCUUGUGAAACCAAAGAACAAUGUGGAAGUCCUCACCUGGAGCCAGUUCAAAGAGGAGCUGAAUAAUAAUUUGAUUCAACUAAUCUGCUCCUUUGAUCCCAUUAAAAUACUUGGUAAUAUAAAAACCACCCUUCUGAGACAGUACUUUAAAGGGCAGGUGCCUGACGUUAAAGCGGAGCAGAUCGAUCUCACGGCGGAGAUUUGCGCAGCGCAAUUGUUGUACGGCGAACGGCGGAGAGCGGGCCGGGGCGGAGUCGCCUCACGGCGAAGAGCGGGCCGGGGCGGAGUCGCCUCACGGCGAAGAGCGGGCCGGGGCGGAGUCGCCUCACGGCGAAGAGCGGGCCGGGGCGGAGUCGCCUCACGGCGAAGAGCGGGCCGGGGCGGAGUCGCCUCACGGCGAGCGGCGUAA